AUGGGCGCCUGUCCAACCUGGCCGUGCAGCAGAAGACGGCCAGCGCCGACGCUGCUGCCAGCGGGGGCCGGGAUCGGCCGCCGUCGGCGGGCAGCCUGCAGUCGGAGGCGCCGUGGCCCCUUGGGCGCCGCCAGUGGGCGGCCCCCGCCCGCGCGGCGGCCCGCCGUGGCGGGUGGAUCUCGGCGUCGCACGCCAAGCACCGUCGCCGCCAACGGCGCCGCAGAAGGUGCGCCUCCGCGGGCCGGCCGCGGCCGUGAUCCACACUUUGGCGGACGUCCCAGCAAAGGUCGAGGUCUUCGGCCGGGGGCCGCCGCCUGCGCGCGGCCGCGCGCGUGGCGUGCCCGCGUCUGCGCCGGGGCCCCUUGCGCCGCUGCUGCAGCUCGGGGCCGACGAGGCCGCCGCCGCCGAGCUCCGCGGGACGCCCAGCGGCGCGCCCCCAGGCGACGACGCGUCCUCGCAGAGCGCUCUGCAGGGGCGAGGUGCCGCAACGUGGGCUCCGUGGCUGGGGCCUGGGCGGGCCGGCGAGGUCGUGUUCGCCAGGCGGGUCCAGCCAGUCGAGGGCCCCGCCUGCGCAGCGCAGGCUCGACCCGUUCCGUUUAUGCUGUGCAGACGUGCGCGCCCGGGCGAGAGCCGGUGCCAGGGGCUCCCUCUGCCGGCAACGUCGGCGCGGCCGUCGCCGGGGACAUCGCCGCCUACCUGUCCUGCCUCUCCUGCGUGCGCCACGCGAGGCCGGGCGCCGCGAAGGCGGCCCUGCCCAGCGGCGGGGGCUCCGCGGCCACCGUUGGCGGGGCGGUCGGCGCGGGCUCGGCCGCGGCGCAGCCCGCUCGCGAGGGGGCCGCGAGCGAAGCGUCGAGCCCUCGGGGCGGUGAGGGCCGCUCCGCCGACGGCGGGCCCGGGGUCGGCCAUCCGCCCAGGGAGUGCCCGGUCGUGGUGCCGGAGCACGCAGGCGGCGAGGCGGUCGCGGGCUCGGGCGCGGAUCCCGCAGUGCGUCGCGCCGGCCAGGCUGGGCAGAGCACGGGCCCCAAGAAGAAGAGGGCGUCCCUGGGCUGCUGGCUGGAGCGGCGGAUGGCGGCGCUGCGAGGCAGCGGGGGGCCCGGGAGGGUCGUCCUCUGCUUCGACGCGAGCAGCGAGGACUGGAGGAUCGAGGGCUUCACUAACUGCCACAGCCUCUUCUGGGGCGGCAGGUGGGCUACGGCCGGGGCCGCCGACCCCGGGGCGGAGCGCGGGCUGGAGGCCGUCGUCGACGCCUGCGACCUGCCCCCGGCGGACCGGAGACUGAAGGAGUGGAUCAAACCGGCACAGAGGGAUCCGUUCCUCCGCUGGGUCACGGGGGCCACCGCGGAGCCUCGCGGGGCUGACGUGCCGUCCCCGCGCGUCUUCGGGGAGCCUCUCUCGCUGCGACCCCCCUCGUUGCGCAACGGGCGGGUGCAGUUCGUGGCCUCGGUGUCGCUUGCGCCGCCGCUACCCGUUCGCCCAGGGCAGCCCAGCGCGGCGUCGCUCUGGCCGCCCGCCGACCGCGCCCACCAGCCAGGCGCGGCGGUGCGCAUCCUCUUCGAGGACAUCGGCCUGAAGCAGCUGCGCCGCAGGCCCGAGGAGAAGUGCCCCGUCGGGCGCGGGCGGUCGCAAGAAGAGCGACAGGGCGCCUCACCGCGCCAGCCCCUGCAUAGCCCCCUGGCCGCGGAAGCGGCCUGGGGCGACCGAGCCCCGAGGCCCGAGGAGGAGGGGGCGCUGGGCGCGGCCUGA